ACUAACCUACUCAAUCCAUCAGCCACUAAAGUAAAAAGGGGAUAAAGGAUUAUUUUGUCUCAAACCUCUAGUUGCUUUCAAUCUCCCCCUAGGCCGCCCGUUAAUCAUAACGGAAAAAUUCAUUGAUUGCAAGCAUCCAUUAAUCCACCUUCUUCAUCACCUACCAAAUCCCUUCAUCUCCAACACAUGAUUCAAGAAACUCCAAUCCACAUGAUCAUAUUCUUUUUCAAAGUCAAUUUUGAAGACAAUACCCUCUUGGCCCUGCACCCUUACCUUUAUGUAUAGGUGUGUGUGCACACUCAUACACAAACAUAUAAGAAGUCGUGGAGGAGUUGUCAUUUGUGGCAUUGUCUUUUAAUUUUUUACUUCAUUUCGAAGCAGUAUAGGGUAUAUUCUUCUAGCAAUAUCUAUUUGCUUCUUUCUGCUGAAUUUAAGGUAGACAUGCAUUCCCUUCAAAGGGAAAGAAUUGUGAUGCUCUUUGGUCAGAUGACCAAGAUAUUGACAAAUACCACAUAUGACGUGAUUGUAUUGUGAUUACCUUACUCCUUUGCUCAGUUGAUUCUGUUAUAUUAAUUUUUGAAACAGUUACAUAUUUUGUCUGCUGAUGUCAUUUUGCUUCAGUGCAGGCCAUCAUGUAUGUGCUUUGCUUCCGUAUGAGAUCCAUGGUGAUUGUUCCUCGUCUGAAAUCACAACUUCUUCUCAUGGGUAUUGAGGAAAUCUUGCGGCAUCCAUUGAAUGCAUUAAGGGUGUGCCUUCCAUCCAUAGUAGAGGAAUUUCUUGGGCAGGCCAAAGCAGCUCGGCUUUUUUCUUUUUCUGAGACCUUUGUUCUUGAUGGUUUGCUGGAAUCAGAACUUUCCAGGGCUUUUGGUGGAGUAGAAAGGCUUGACAUGUUCUUCCCAUUUGACCCAUGCUUAUUGAAGAUGUCUGACAGAUUCAUCCGGCCAAUCUUCAUUUACUGGUCAUUGGUCAGGCCUAAUUAUUUUGGUGGCGAAGAUGAUGAAUUAAGCAGUGAUGAAGAUGUUGCCGAGGAUCGGUUUUAUAGAAACAAAAUGAAUGUUGAGGGUGGUAUAACUGGCACAAGCUUUGACGAGGAUGAUGGAAUCGGCAGAAGUUUUGAGGAGGAUGAUCCUGAUCUUGAUGAAUUUGACUAUUCACUGAACAAAAUGUCCAUAACACCCAAGAAUUCCCUGAAUUACACGUUCGAAGGUCAACUACAGCGACGUAUGCAGAUGCCCUCUAGAAUUAGACCCUCCACAAGUCCCGAGUCCUUGUGA